CAUACUUACCUUGCGAGCGUGUCCCCUUUCACAUAUCCGGGGACACGGGCUAUGGGUGCUCUCCAUAGCACGGCGACCUUGUCCGCAGAGGGUGCCUGUGGUUUGUAUGGGCUCCGGCUCAUGCACUCGCGCAAUAUUUCCCUGUCCUGCUUCGGC